GCAAUAAUACGCCGCGCUAAUCAAAACUCACCCUUCCGAAAUAGGUCGUGCUGCAACUAAUGAAGGGCGUCAAGUUGCCGUGCUUUCCGUAGAGAGGAGUUGGUAAACAAGCCCCGAUAAUCAGGGUUUGGCAUCCCUGUGGAAUCGCCCCUGGGCAGCGAGCAGUGUGGAGCACGCAGUGUCUGGGGUGUGAUUAAGAUUCUCCAUGAAGAAGGAAGCAUGAUCGCCUUUAUGAACAAUUCUGACAGUGAAGAGGAACCCUGCAAUGAAAGGACAUCGUUGAUGACAGCUGAAAGCCCCCUUCUACCUUCUUAUCAUGCUGGAGCACAACCAUCUGAAGCUGCAGAAACACUUUCCCACAGGAAUAGACGUACUGGCAGCACUGGCAGUUCUAAUAAAACAGAGGAAAACGGGCCUGACCCAGAAAGAACAGCAAAAGGACAUAUUGUGCUGGAUAAUGAGGAGGAAGAGUUGACCUUAAAAUAUGGAGCAAAGCAUGUGAUCAUGCUGUUUGUGCCUGUAACAUUGUGCAUGGUCGUAGUUGUUGCAACCAUUAAAUCAGUCCGUUUCUACACUGAGAAGAAUGGGCAACUGAUUUAUACCCCCUUCAGUGAAGAUACCCCCUAUGUGGGCCAGCGUCUCUUGAGCUCUGUGUUGAAUACCAUCAUCAUGAUCAGUGUUAUUCUAGUGAUGACCGUCUUUUUGGUUUUGCUGUACAAAUAUCGUUGCUAUAAGUUCAUUCAUGGGUGGCUGAUACUCUCAUCGCUGAUGCUUUUGUUUCUCUUCACUUACAUCUACCUUGGCGAAGUACUCAAGACUUACAAUGUGGCUAUGGAUUACCCUACCCUGUUCUUUGUCAUCUGGAAUUUUGGAGCUGUUGGGAUGAUCUGCAUCCACUGGAAGGGACCUUUGAAACUUCAGCAAGCCUAUCUCAUUAUGAUCAGCGCCUUGAUGGCUCUAGUUUUCAUUAAGUACCUGCCAGAGUGGUCAGCUUGGGUCAUUCUGGGAGGCAUCUCUGUUUAUGACUUGAUAGCAGUUUUAUGUCCAAAGGGACCCCUCCGAAUGUUGGUGGAAACAGCACAAGAGAGAAAUGAGCCAAUAUUUCCUGCACUUAUUUAUUCCUCUGCUAUGAUGUGGACAAUUGGAAUGGCAAAGCCAGACAAUGCACAGAGAAGGACUUCUCAGGAGAUAGGGAAUCCAGAAGCAGAGAUCCAUGACAGUUCUUCAUAUGCUGAGCGUGAAGUUCCAGAAAUGAGAAACUCAACUAUUGAUCAAACUGGCCAACAACUUGGUCAAAUUGCCUGCAACUUUGAGGAAAGCCAGGAGGAGGAAGAAAGAGGAGUCAAGCUGGGUCUAGGAGACUUUAUCUUCUAUAGCGUGCUUGUUGGCAAAGCAGCUGCCACUGCUAGUGGGGACUGGAAUACAACAUUGGCUUGUUUUGUAGCCAUCCUCAUAGGUCUGUGCUUAACUCUUCUAUUGCUUGCAGUCUUUAAGAAGGCACUACCUGCUCUUCCCAUCUCCAUCACUUUUGGCCUGAUCUUCUACUUCUCAACAGAUUAUCUUGUGCAACCUUUCAUGGAUACCCUUGCAGCUCAUCAGUUAUAUAUUUAAGAAUAAUGGAGAUCCUGUUUAAGCACUUCCAUGGGCAGCAGGCCAAUUUUCAGUGGAUAAAACCUUGUGAAUUUUACACUUAAUUCCAUAUCUUUUUCAAAGGAUACACUAAAAAACAAACAAACCAGUUUUGCUAAUUUCCCCUGGAACUUCACAGCUGAUUCUUCAGACUAUUAAUGCUUCAGGUAUUAGGAUCUAUGCAGCCUGAACCUACUUGCACAUAUUCAGAGCCGAGUUCACCCAGAUCAUUUGGAGCAUAGAAUUAUUAUUGAUGACUUUCCUCUUCAUAUUCUUCAUCAAUAUAUUAAUGUUUUACUUUGUGUAGAAGGUAGAUUGAUUGCAUUACCUUAAAGUAAAAUGAAGAAUCCGUCUUGAGAGAGUAUUGGUAUUGAGAAGUUUAAAGUCCACUUUAUAUAAUCACACAGUAAUAGUAAUAAUAAUAAUACUACAGGGUAUUUUUUAACAAUGAAAAAGCAUUCUGAGUGAAGUAUAGGAACUGUCUGAAAGGAGAACAGAGUAUAGGGAGUUGUGGCCUGUUCAAAUCUCUAGUAUAACAGCUAACCAUGGGCUAUCAUGGAACUUUUGACAUUCCUGGUUUCUAUGGUAAAAUCAGCAAGAAGCAAAUUGCAAACAGCAGAGCUGUUUUAAUGAUAGUUUGUUUGUUCCACUGGGAAGCUUAGUGCUGAUAUAGAUUAGCUUACCUUUUAGGUACACUAAAUGAAGGUAUCUGAAUCUCUGGCUAGGUUCCUAUGUUAUUUUUAGCCAGAUUUCAUGUAACUAUGAUUUGCUGAAUAAUUGGCUGCAUUCAUGUUAUUAAGCCACAAAUCAUGAUUAAUAUUUAUGGGUUCAAUAUGCUUAGCAACCUCAUGUUACAUGCCCUGAUUUUAUUUUCUGUAAAAUAAAAACAAAAUGAGAAGUAAAAUGAUGCAAAGUACCACCAUGUAGGUUUUAUAGUGAUGGGACACAAUCUUGCCAGUUUGCCUUCUGUUAAAUGACUGCCUGUGUCCACCAUUGCAGCAAUUUGUGGGAGCACCUGUAAACUCUUCUCAAACUUCCAAAUGUACUGCAGCUCACAAAGAUUAAUGUGGACCUUAAACUGGGUUCACAUAAUAUACUACGCCAAAAUUCAAAUAAAUCACAUUAUGAGUAUAAUGUGCGAAACCAUGUCACACACUCUCAUUCUCAUCUGCCCAUUCUGUAAUCACAGUUGUUUAUUUGGCAUUGCUCACGUAUGAAAAAUGACCCAAGGAAAGGAGAACUCACAGCAUAGUUCUAAUUACAUUCAUGAAUGACCCCAUAAUGACCCCAUAAAUAACAGCAAGCAGGUUCUCUUUCCUUCUCUUCCUAGACUGAGUAGCAUUAAUGUGACCAAGAAGCCAUUCAAUAAAGAGUUGAGACUUGAUCAGUGGAGUAAGUUCGGACUGUUUUAUUCCUUAAUCAUGAAUCCUGUGGAGGCUUAUCUUGUACUCCAUCAAAGGAUGAAUUUUUAUGCCUAUUAAUAAAACUAGAUUUCUGGAAGUA